AUGAAGUUCAUUGCCGCCCUUCUCGUUCCCUUCAUCCUCAGCACGCCUGCCCUUUGCCAAAGGGUGAAGCUUGCCAACGUCGGCACCAUUACCUUCAACUGUGGGGCAAUGCCUCAGGUCUGCGAGAAUAUGUGUUUCGGAGUCCACUGUAGAGGCGGUAAAUACGGCAAAACUUUCACCUACGACCCCAAUGGGCCCAUAGACGCACGCCGUAGGGCCGCUGGAUGUGGCCCCAACAACCGCUGCGCAACGACACCUCCCUGGAAGGGUCAAAAUCUGUCUUGCGAUGAGUUUCCAUUCGCAAACCUCAGGGAGGCGGACCAAGGUGGACAAAACAACCGUUGUGUUCCUUCUAUCGAGAACAACAGACAGGGAGGUACCAUAUCAGCCUUCAUCAGAUCGAAGACAGAAUUUAUCAAAAAUCAGCCGCCUUUCCUAUAUAACAUUGCUUUCUCGGGCGCAGGCAAGAUACAAUACUGUUUCGACGACGGUCCCAACACGUGCGACGCCGACGCCAACCAGUGGGUGGGGAAGGCGGUAGCUCCCAACGGGGGCAAAUGGGUCACGCCGUUCCGUAGGAGGGAGGCGGAUCUUGUGCCGUCGACCUUCAACCAAUACAUGUCGAAGAGAGGAGAGCUCUUCACCUCGGCCAGAAGGAUGGAGAUCGGGGAGAAGCUCUACCACGCCAAGAUGGACCCGGUUGCGGAGGCAGCGGCUCUCGAGAACCCAGACGAAGAUGCUCGCAAUGCAUUUUUCGCCAACCCAGACAACUAUGAGUUGGUCGAGGAUGAGGUGGAGCGUCCCGUCACUCGUGAGGAAGCCGCUACUUUGCCUUGA